AUGGACUCACUUAUGCAACGAAUCAGGAAGGUUUCUUCACCGAGAACAAAGGAAGAAUCGUUGCAAUGGUUUGAAUGCGUUCUACAGGAGAAAUAUACAAAGGAGGAUGCGAAUGCGGUACAUCGCGUCGAAGCUCAACUACAAUGUCUCCGACGGCUAUUCGCCUCAAAAAGUGGCUUCCAGGCCUUCAUGGAAGUGGCCGGAACUCGAGAGAAAUUGGGUGAUCUCGUCGUGCGAUGUUUGCAAUGGAGAAAUGAAGCGAUCGACCAUGCUGUGGUGGAGACGCUGUGUGCACUGAUGCGGCCGAUGCACAAUUUCUUGGAGCUUCGCGCCGAACAACUUAACAAACAAAGAGUGAGCUCUGAUGGAAGUGGAGGCGGUCCGUCGACAAGUGCAAAGCCACCCACUCGACAAACGAUUUCAUAUCACUCAUCCCAUUGCCAUCAAUUGCCUCAACCCACUCCUCAACCCACUCCAUCGAUUCCUGCAACAUUUCAUCAUGUUCCUGAUCAACAAUUCAUUUCACAGCAUUUACAGGAGAUUCUCGCUUCAUCCCCGGCUCAACUCACUCGUUGCGGUGUUCUGCCUAGGAAUGGAUCGGCAGCUGAAUGGGAAUGGUGGUUGUGCUGGCUGGCCACAGCUCUCUCACCACCACAGUGGCAGGGUUACUGGGCAGCGCAUGCGGCAGUGUUUGGCGGUGAAUCGGUUCCAGUGAACGAAUUGUCCUUUUUCUCAUCGCCUGCAUCAGUUCUUCUUCAAUCAUUCGCCGCUCAAUGUGCCCAACAAGCGUACGGAGGAGUGACCGAGGCGUCGACGAAUUUCUUCUCAACCGUUCCUCCAUCAAUGUCCUCCCUUUUCACUCCACUCAUCUAUCCACCACCAUUGGAACAACGAAUCAUCGAGCAUCAAGCUGAAUCUUUCUCUCUCUCAUCCAUUCCCAUAUCUUUCAUUGAUCCCUUCCCUGAUCACUCUGCUCCUCAUUCUCCGCCAUUCUCUGAUCCAUCUACCUCGAUUUAUUUCACUUUGCCCACAUUUCGAGCCCCAGCCCAAAGCAUUUUGACUUAUCUGAGAUUCCUCAAUGGGAAACGCGGCCACGACACAGGGUGGUGGUGGGAAUGGUCAUCGUCGAGACGGUUCCUCUCCACUUCCAUCACAAUUUCAUCAGCACUCUGG